AUGUUACAGAAUGAUGGUGAACCAGAAUCCCCUAUGCAACCUCCUCCUGAUCAAACUUCUCCAGAAGAGAUUACUACUAAGAUUGAACUACCUGAUUAGUCUUCACCUCGUCAGCCAGAAUCCCCAAAAAUAGAUAGGGGAUCUCCUGAUCACACUAGUCAAAUCUCGGAAGACAAAGAGGAAGCCAUUCCAGAAGAAGAAUGGUAGAAAACAAAAGAGGAAUGGUUGGCUUAAGGAAAAACAGAGGAUCCGCCUAGAUUUAGAUUACAUCGAUAGGAAGCCAGAAGAAAAUCGUUAUUGUAACUUGCGUCAGCGGGCGCUAAUGGUACAAGUUAAAUAGUAUUUAGAUUAUGGUGCUAUUUACGUGAGAAAAUAAGUGCUAGAGCACUUGGACUCAUAUGAAGUUGAACAAUGGUAGUGGAAGAAAGAUCCUCAUGAUAUUUUAUCUAUUAAUUUUAUGUGUAAGCAUGGAUAGGCGAAUUUGUUUGCUUGGAUGACAGAAUAAGGAAUUCAAAUGAGUGAGACUGAUCCACCUAGAUUAGAACCUGAUGCAUUUGAUCCAGACUUCGUAUACUUUUUGAAACUGCCACAUCCUUAAGAUGUGAUAAUAAGUGAGGAAAAUGUUGCUGAGUAUGUUAGUGAUGGUGUUAUCAAUAUUAAUUAUUUGAAAACAUUGUUGAAACAAAUGAAUGCUUAAUUCAUACCAUAAUUUAUUUAGGACUCCUCUUGGCCUGAAAAUGUAAAAAAAGAGUUUUUGGCUCAAUUACACAAAUUCAUGGCGACUCUCACUGAGUAUUCCUUCAGUCAAGAAGGUAUUACUGAGUUGUAUAUCCCAAAUGAAGACUUGAAUAAUAUUGAGUAGGCUUCUCAUGACAAAGACUUGCUGUAAAGAUUGGAGGCAAUCUUAUUACAUUGGUAGAGACAAAUCAAAGACAUAGUGAACAAUUAAGAAUUGGCUAUUGAGAAUGAGAAUGCAGGUCCACUGGAUGAGAUCUCUUAUUGGAGAUAAAGAAAAAAUAAUUUGUCACACAUUCAUGAAUAAUUGGAGAAGCCAGAGUUGAAAAGAAUCAUCUAAAUAUUGAGCGAUAGCCAAUAUGUCUAAAGUUUCAAGGAUGUUACUGAGAAUAUAAAAUUGGGAUCCAGUUAAGCAGAAGACAACUUAGAAAAUCUAAAGAUUCUGUAUGAACCUUGCAAAUAGUUAGAGACAGCUACACCCAAAGAGAUCCCAGAAUUACUCCCAAAUUUGUUGUUCAGAGUGAGAUAUAUAUGGGAGAAGUCUAGAUACUUUAAUACUCCAGAGAGGAUUCAAGGGCUCAUCCAUAAAAUUUCAAAUGAGAUUAUCAAGAGAUGCAAGUCUAGUAUCAAUAUCAAUGACAUGUUGGAUGGUGAUGUGGAGAAAUGCAUUUAAGAUUUGAAUGAUUCGAUUGAGUGUGGAGAACAAUGGAAGAAGAUUUACUAAAGAAUGUCAGUUGCGAUUGAAAAGAUGUCAUCAUUGACUAAAGGACCUAAAUGGGAUUUCAAUAAUUCUAUAUUUGCUUAAGUUGAUGCCUUCAUCUCUCGUUGUAAGGAGCUAUUGGAAAUAUGUGAAGGAUAAUUGCAAUUUGCCAGAAAAGGGGCAGGUAGUCACAUUCCACAGUUUGGAGGCAGCAAAGGUCAAGAGAUUGAGGAUAAUCUUGAAUAGAUUAAGGAUAGUUUUGCUAAGCAUUUGAAACCUAUCAGAGAUAUACGUAAAACUGACAAGGAUAAGAUAUUAGAUGUGAAAGCCUCUAAGUGGCACGAUGUCUUCAAUGCAUUUCGUAAUGGAGUAAAGGAUUUGGAUGUUAUGUACACCAAUAUUAUUAAUAAUGCCUUUGAGAGUAUGACAACAGUUCAAUAAGGGGUUGAAUUAUUGGAAGCUUUUGAUUAAUUGGCUAAAAGACAAUCAAUCAAGAGGGUUGUUCAAAACAAGGCUAUAGUAGUCUUAGAAUUGUUCAUCUAAGAAAUUGAUGCAACAAAACAUGAAUUUGAUAAUAUUAAGAAACUAUAGUAUUACCCUUUACAACACGGCUCAUUUUCUGGAUAGGCAAUUUGGGUUAAUUCAUUGAGUCAUAGAAUCAUGAGAAUGAGAUACUGGAUUGAUUAGAUGUACUUCAUUGAUGACUCGAUUAAGAGAACAGCAAUUGAGAAAUUUGAAUAAUUAUCAUCGAAUUUGAAACAAUUCAUCAUAGAAUCGAGACUAAAGGAAUGGAAGGAAGAUUGCAAAGAUUUGGAAGACAUAGUUUUGACUACCAGAUUAGACAAGCAAGUAUUAUUGAGAACAGACGAGAAACAUCCAGAUUUCUAAUAUAAGAAGGAAUCUUUGAGACCUAAGAUUGGUCAUUUAGAAAGCAAUUUUGAUAGGCAACUGUUAAAAUUGUUACAUGAGACUUCAGCUUGGUAGAAAUUGAUAGCUGUUGGUGUUGUGAUUCCAAGUUAUGCUAAUGAUUUUACUUAGAAUCACAAGGAGAGUUUAAGAGUGCUCAGAGAGUUGGUGAUGUUAGUAGUUAGAGAAUAUAACAACAUUAUAGACUAUAUGACUGAAACUGAGAAGAAAUUGUUUGCUCAACAUUUGGAGACUGUGAAUAAGGUUAUAUAACCGUUGGCAUCCCGUUUGAGAUGGAGUGCAAAGACAAUCAUUGAUAGUUAAGUGAGGGAUUGUCGUAGAGCUUGUUAAGAGAUGUUCUUGAAAUUGAAGAUGUUUAAGACCAAUAUGGACAAGAUUGAUGGUAAAUGCAAUGAGAUUGCCAAUAAAUUGUUAAUAAAGAUAGAUCGUAAGAAGCAAUAUGAUCACAAAUCCUUCGAGGAAGAAUAAGAGAAACACAGAAGAGAUAUGUAUUAGAAGUUGAAAUAAAUAUUUGAUGAAAUAAGGAAGAUAUUGUCUGAGACUUAUGAUCCAUUCUUAUUUGAUAGAAUUGAGGUCUAAACAGUUUGGUUGAAGCAGGUGAAAUCCAUUGAUUACAAGAUCAAGGAGAGUUAUGAGAAGGCAGUAAAGAAUUCAUUGAUUGAUUUAUAAAAAGUAAUUGGUUCAGAGGAUGGUAAGAUCACUCCAGUGCCCAUCUUCAAAUUAUCAGUGGAAUUGGAGAAUCAAUAACAGGAGUAUAGACCUUCAACAAAUUAUUUGAAACAGAUGGUCUCUUAAACUUGUGAAUAUAUGAGAGAAAUCAUGAAAGAUUUUAAGAGUAUGGAUGAAGUUAUGAAGGAGGAGAGAAAGAAGAAGUUGGAUGAAGCAAUCUUAUUAAAUUCUAAAGACUCCAAGAAUCCAUAGGCUUAGAACAUUAGAAGAAUGAGUGAAAUAUCUUAAGUGUAAUAAUAGGAGUAGGAGACUCAGAUAUCUGUAAGGAGUCUAGAUAACGAACAGAAUAUCAAGAUCAAGAACGAUAGCGAUGGUUUGAUUCAGAAAAUCAAUAGUAAAUUGAGCAAGACUUGCGAUGCUUUGAAUUCAGUAGAUGCUCACGGUUAAUGGAAACGUUACGAUUGGUAUUGGUAAUAGGCAAAUUAGAAGGAGAAGUUUAUUAAAGACAUGAUCAACAGAAAUGAUCCAAUCACUAAUAUCAAAACUUAAUUGGAAACCUUUGAUUUACAUUAAGGAGAGAUACAACAAUUGGAAACCACAAAAACCUAAGAUUGCAUCAUCUUGGAUAACACCUCCAUUAAAUCUACUUUGAUUGAUAUUAUGAUCUCUUGGUAGAAUGCCUUCUUAAAUGCCACUUAAGAUAAAGCAUUACAAGAUUUGAAUUAAUUAUAUUCACUAUUCCAGACCUCAGAAACCAAUUUGGACAUAGUUCCUUAAGAUUUGUAACAAUUGAAGAAGAGUAGUGAUCUUUGGAAUAAGUUGAAUGAGGAUAGACCAUCCAUUGAGGCUAAAUUAGGUCCAUUGGAAGAUAAGUUUAAGUUGUUGGAGGAUUAUUCAAUACAAUUGAAAGAUGAUGAUAUUACAAGAAAGAACAAUUUAAGAAACACUUGGGCUAAUUUCAAUGUGAUGUUGGAUAGAAUCUAAGAGAGAAAUCGUAAAGUACACAACAAUUUGUAUUUGGAGACUCAGAAGAACUUGGAUGAGUUCAUCAAGGAAACUGGAGAUUACAAGAUUGUGUUUUAGAGUAAUGCUCCUUAUCAAGCAACCAAUAUGCCACAUGAAAAGGCAUUAUUGAAUUUGAAUGAAUAUUCUGAGCAAGUUAAGCAAUAUCGUAAGAAAGAAGAAUCAAUGAAAUUUGGUUUCGAUUUAUUUAAAUUCAACUAUGUUCCAUCUCCAGAUUUGGAAUUCAUGGAGAAGGAGAUUGCGCAAUUAUCAUACAUUUGGCACACAAAAGAAGAAUGGGAUUAAUUUAUUAAAGAUAUUGGAAGCACAGCUUUCAGAGAUGUUAAUUGUGACAAUUUGGAUGAGAUUGGUGAUGAUUAUUUGAGAAAGUUGAAGGCCUUGCCAAGAGAAUAGUAGAAGUGGGAAAUUGUUAAUCAUAUGAAAUAAAUUAUUGAUUAAUUCAAAUAAACACUUCCUCUGAUCAUUAUGUUGAGAGAACAAUAUAUGAGAGACAGACAUUGGGAUAAAAUGAGAUAACAUCUAGGAACCAAUAUUGAACCAGAUAGUAAAGACUUCAACAUGGCUGAAAUAUUCAAAUUAAAUCUAUUAUCCUAUGGUGAAGCUGUUAAGGAUGUGUGUGAAGUUGCUAAGGAAGAAUUCAAAAUUGAAAAUGCUUUGGAUAAGAUUGAUUAGAGAUGGGCGAAACUUGAAUUGGAAAUGGACACUUUCAAGAAGACCUACAAAAUCAAGAAGACUGAAGAGAUCUUCACUAUUUUGGAAGAUCAUAUGGCUGUUUUGAGUGCUCAAAAAACAACUGCCUUCUAUGAAUCAUUCAAACCCACUAUUGAAAGAUGGGAGAAUUGCUUAUAAUAAAUCUCAGAGACCUUGGAAAUGUUAUCCAUAGUUUAGAGACAAUGGAUUUAUUUGGAAGCCAUUUUUGCCACUCAAGAGAAGGAGUCUGAAAAACAAUUGAUGGGAGAUAUUAAUAAGUUUGCAGCAAUCAAUUCCUAAUUAUCAGGACACAUGAAUCGUAUCUAUGAAGAUAAGAAUGUCAAGAGGUCGUUAUCAUAUGAGGGUUUCUAUUAAGAAUUAUGUACAAUGAAUUAGAAAUUGGACGAGAGUCAAAAGAUCUUGUAUUAAUUAUUGGAGAAAUAACGUAAGGAUUUCCCCAGAUUCUAUUUCUUGUCCAACGAUGACUUAUUUGAAUUAUUGGGAAACUCCAAAGAUGUGUUCAAAGUCAAUAAGCACAUCAAGAAAUGUUUUGAAGGUAUCAAGAAAUUCGAUAUCCUCACUCAAUAAUACUAAACGGGAAGAGCCAAAUAAGAUGUCUAUGAAGUCUAAGCCAUGGUUGCCCCAGAUGGAGAAGUUGUUAAAUUCACCACCAAAGUCCUUUGUGAUUCUCAACUAGAGAAAUGGCUUGGUUAGGCUGAGAAGACCAUGAGAGAUGUACUCAAGAAGGAAUUGUUCUCAACAAUGUAGUCCAUAAAGAAGAAGGAAGGAAUGCGUUGGGUUGAUAAAUGGGUCAAGGAACAUCCUGGAUAAUUGUUAAUUACUGCCAGUCAAUUGACAUGGUCUGGUGAUUGUGCCAAUGUGUUAAACUAGAUCUACAAUUCUGAAAGACCAGAGAAGAAUAGAGGCUGGAAGGCUAUCAAAGAUGAGAAACAAUCAUUCAUCUUGGAAUUGACUAAAUUGAUUCGUAAACCAAGUAAUGAAGUUGAUAGAUUGAAAUUGGUUGCUUUAAUUACUAUUGAGGUACAUCAGAAGGAAAUUAUUGAUCAUCUUACAAAGAAUUGUCAAUCUCCUCAUUCUUUUGAAUGGUUGAAGUAAUUAAGAUUUACAGGAACAGCAGUUAAUGAUAUAUUUGAGUGUAAGGUUGAAUAGGCUAAUAGCAGUUUUGCUUAUGGCUAUGAAUAUUAAGGUAACAAUGGUAGAUUGGUUGUAACUGCUUUGACAGAUAGAUGUUACAUGACUUUGACAACAGCUAUGCAUUUGAAAAAAGGAGGUGCUCCUUAAGGACCUGCUGGUACUGGUAAAACAGAAACUGUUAAGGAUUUAGGUAAGAAUUUGGCUAAAUUUGUAUUGGUUUUCAAUUGUUCAGAAGGAUUAGAUUACAAGAGUAUUGGUAGAAUGUUCAGUGGAUUAGUGCAAGUAGGUGGUUGGGGUUGUUUCGAUGAGUUCAAUCGUAUUGAAGUGGAAGUGUUAUCAGUUGUUGCAUAACAAGUGAGUCAAAUAAUGAAUGCAUUGAAAGAAUACGAAAAGAAUAAAGAGAAGUCAUCCUUCCAAUUGGAUUCAGAUGUUAUACCCAUCAAUGAUCAAUUUGCUAUUUUCAUCACAAUGAAUCCUGGUUAUGCUGGUAGAUCAGAACUACCAGACAACUUGAAGUCUUUGUUCAGACCAAUUUCUAUGAUGGUUCCUGAGAAUGAAAUCAUUUGUGAAAUCAUGCUUACAUCAGAGGGAUUCAAGACUGGACAUGCUCUCUCCACCAAGAUGGUUACACUCUAUAGAUUGAUGAUCCAACAGUUGUCUAAACAAGAUCAUUAUGAUUUCGGUCUAAGAGCAAUUAAGUCCGUUCUCACCUGUGCUGGUUAAAUCAGAAGAGAUAAAUCAAAUGAAAUCCAGAAAGUCAAGCAAGAUGAGAAUGCUAGAGAGAAUUAGAAGGAAAGUGAGAUGGACGAAGCCAAUCAAGAGACAUAAAUUCUAAUGAGGGCCAUAAGAGAUAUGAACAUUCCAAAAUUUGUUUCUGAAGAUGUCCCAUUAUUUAAUGCUCUUUUCAACGAUCUAUUUCCAAAUGUUGACUUGUAAGAGUAAAUAAAUGAAACAUUAUUCAAUGAAAUUGAAACUCAGAUGAGAAAUCUCAAAUUACAAACAAGAGUGGAACACAUCAACAAAAUCAUCUAAUUGUAUGAUUCAAAGAAUACACGUCAUGGUAAUAUGCUUGUAGGUUAAUCAUUGGCAGGCAAGACUACAUGUUGGAAAGUAUUGAAGAAUUGUUUAAAUUCAUUGAAUGAAAGAGAACCCAACAAGUAUCCAAAGGUGAAGAUUGAAGUGUUGAAUCCAAAGGCUGUUACCAUCAAUGAAUUGUUUGGUUAUGUAAAUUCUACUAUGGAGUGGAAUGAUGGUGUGUUAUCAUCUAUGAUGGCUCGUUUGUGCAAAGAUGAAACUCCAGAUCAAAAAUGGAUGAUCCUAGAUGGACCCGUCGAUACACUUUGGAUUGAAUCUAUGAAUACAGUGCUAGACGACAAUAAAGUAUUGACCCUACUGAAUGGUGAUAGAAUCUCAUUACCUCCAUAAAUGGGAUUGAUUUUUGAAGUGGAGAAUCUUGCAGUCGCCUCACCAGCCACUGUAUCAAGAGCAGGCAUGGUUUAUUUGGACAUCAAUGAUCUUGGAUGGAGACCCUACAUUGAGAGUUGGGUUGAGAAACUGACAGAUCCUUUGGUUUAAGAAACUAUCUUUGAAUUCAUAGAGAGAUGGAUUCCCAAACUCUUCAAACAAAGAAAGUGGUGCAAGGAAAUCAUCCCAUGCAGUGAAACCAAUGUCAUUAUCUCAUUCUGUAAUUUGAUGGAUUGUUUCUUUAAGAGUGAAAAGCAAUUGUCUAUGGACAUCCAGAACAAGAGUGAUGUCUAUUGGACACUCCUUGAAAAGUGGUUUACAUUUGGAUUGGUGUGGAGCAUAGGAGCUACAGUAGAUGAAGAUGGUCGUCGUAUUAUUGACUAAUAGAUGCGUGAUAUUGAUUUGAUCUUCCCCAGUCAAAAUACAGUCUAUGAUUUCUUUGUAAACAGUGAUAAAAAUGAAUGGGCUUCAUGGGAUGAAAAAUUGGGUACUGGUCAAUGGAAACCUGAAAAUAAUAGUCCAUAUCACAAAAUGCUUGUACCAACAACUGAUUAAGUCAGAAACAAGAACAUCAUCACCAGAUUACUCAGUAAUAAAAAUGCUGUGUUGGCUGUAGGAUUGACAGGUACUGGAAAGACAGUUUUAUUGAAUGGAGUACUCCUAUAGAUGUUUGAAUACACUACCAUGAAUAUAGUGUUUUCAGCUCAAACUUCCUCAUAGAAGACUCAAGAAAUGAUUGAAAGUAAAUUGGUUAAGAGAUCUAAAAAUAAGAUGAUUCCUGAUGGCAAGAAAAUGAUCAUAUUUAUUGAUGAUCUCAAUAUGCCCAGAAAAGAUAUUUAUGGAAGUCAACCACCUCUUGAACUUAUUCGUUAAUGGAUGGAUUACGAAGGAUGGUUUGAUCGUACAAACAGAGAGUUGUUCAAAUUUAUUUUAGAUAUUCAAUUCGUAUCAGCUAUGGGACCUCCAGGUGGUGGUAGAGCUGAAAUUUCAACAAGAAUUCAAAACAAAUUCCAUGUCAUCAAUUUUGUUGUGCUUUCAGAUCAAUAAGUCAAGAGAAUCUAUUAAUCAAUUUUGGCUUAUAAAUUUUAAGAAUUCGAAGAUGAAAUCAAAUUACUCAUUGAACCCAUUGCCUAAGCCACUUACAACUUAUUCUAGAUGGUCACAAAUAACUUUUUGCCUACUCCUGCCAAAUCUCAUUAUGUCUUCAACAUGAGAGACAUCUCCAAAGUCAUUUAAGGAGUCUACUAAUUAGACAGAUUGUAUUGUGAUAACAAAAUNGUUUGGUUAUGUAAAUUCUACUAUGGAGUGGAAUGA